AUGCCCCCAGGUGGAAACGUCGCUCGCCUCCCCGGCCGCCCGCCGCGCCAACCUCCGCCCGUUAGUAAAAAGGAUCAUACAGCUUAUAGGAAUCAACCUGGCCGGCUUGGUCUCUGUCACGGGGUGCAGUCCGGAAGUUCGGCACCAUCAAGAUUCAGUCUCCCGACCUCAGCGGAUGAGAGAGCAGUCCUCUUCACAUGCCGUUGCGUAUUGAAAGGUGCGAGCUGCCUGGCUCUCUCGAUCCAGUUCACUGAGGCUUUCGGUAAAGCUGUGUCCAGCAAGCCUUCUCUGGGUGGAGACCUGCUAGAGUCUGAGAUCUUGGAGAUGAUGGAGAAAGUGUGUCACCAUAGUAACUUUCAGAACUACGGAGUGAAAGAUGUGGAUGGAGUCAGGCAUCUGUCUGGACCCGGCUUGCCAGCGAACGAGGUACCAGGAGUGCAGGCUGGAGGCGGAAGGUGGCCAGGAAGGAUGUCGUUGCUGUGUGAACAGCUGGUCGGGGAGAUCGGAGACGAGGAGAUAUUCAGCACUUACAAGGAGAACCCGGACAAACUGGCGACCUUCCUGUGCAGGGGGGAAGGUCUGCAAGGAAGCUGCGUCGACAGGAAGCCGAAGAGAAGGAAGCUGAAAUCCGGCGAACUGUGAUUCCGUUUCUUCGCGGCGCACCGUUGAUGCCCCGAUCAUUCCCAAUAAAAUGAAAACGUGUAUACACAGUGUCUGUUCUAUUCGAAAGGCAUCAGCCGUGACGGUUUACGAUCAGCCAGCUUUACCCACUCAAGAGGUUUUGCGAGUAAUUUCAUAAAUAUUUAACGUGAUAGAUUUUCUUUUUUAAAGUGCAGCUGUGUUGCCGCCUUGGUCGACGCUAGGCCGCACUAACUUUGCGUGAGGCUCCGAAACACAAUCUCUGCGAUUUUUGGAUUUAUUGAGUCUUUUUUCAUUUUUUUUUUUUUUAGAUACGGUUGAAACGUUUUCAAUGGAUUAGUUUACAAGCGUUAGCAACUGCUCGUUUAUAAGCGAGUGCAUCUUAAUUUCUGAGUAAGAGUUGGAUCUGUUUUUCUGCUCACGUGACACUGUCGUCCGGAUGUUAAAGUGUGUAGUGGUGAAGAUAUUUGUGAGCGUAGUUUUCGUCAUAUUAAAUCACAACCGACUGCUGUUUUUGCAGUGAAUUUAGAUCUGAUUGCACAUCACCAAAGCAACCGUUUUGCUAACGUAAACAAACUUUACCUGUUGAGGUGAACACCACGUUUGAAUUUACAUUAUAUGCACAAGUCUGUGAUAGAAAUACCAAAAAUUUUCGAAUUGUUAGUGAUCACGUUUAUACUGCCAUUAAUUUAAAUCUCGUUGCAAUACGGUCGGACCUCGUUCGCAACGCAACUCUUGCCGAAGUCUCGCGGGGGUUAAAUUAAUCGCUCGUUCGUGGACAUUCUUACUGUUACUGCCAUGCUCUUGUGUGGUUCUAUGUUGGAUUUUCUAUAGUUACCUGUGCAGCAGCAGCUGGCAUGCAUACACAAGGUCUAUAAUCGGUUCUUAGUCGGGCGACUUUGCGCGACAGCGCGGUGUACAUACAGUGUAGAGUUGUUUGUGCCUCCCGACGAUCAUUAAGUCGGACGACGGUCUGAAAUUUCCAGCACUUUGCUAAGAGACGAGUGAGCACAGUGGCGUAUUUAGGGGGGGGGCAAAGGGGGCACGUGCCCCGGGCGCCAUGUUCAGGGGGGCGCAAAAAAGGCAAAGGUAAAAAAAACGCAAAAAGGCAAAGAAAAAAAAACAAUCUGCCUACUAAAUGAUAUCUUGAAAUAAUUCAAUCCUCUAUUUGACAAGUUGAUUACCCAGGGGCGUGUACAGGGGGGGUCCAGGUGGGUCCGGACGCCCCCUGCUUGCGAAGGGAGUCUAAUUUCAAAAAAUUUCUGGGGGACGUUUCAUUCUGGUAGCUGUUGCUGAUGCCGUAACAAAAUCUAACUGGCGCGGUGAAGAUGUGCGACUACACGGUGUUGUCGUGAGCGAUUCGAGUUUUGAAAUGGCAUGCAUGAUGCUGAAGUUGCAUGUAAUUCUUGAAGAACCACGUAUUAAUUGAGCUGCUAUGAUCGAUGCUCUGGUGAUUGUUCUUUUACGUUGUUCUUCUGAUAUAUGUUUUAUCGCCUAUUAUGUACACGUAUAUAUCAUGAGUGAAGACGAACACAUUUUUGAUUAUAUAAGAAACCUAAUAUAUACUUCCUCUUAAUGUAUAGGAAGAAUUCUCAGCAUGGCGGGUAAUUUUUUUUUUUUUAAUAAUAAUGUACAGCACAUAGUUACUGUACACGUGAUCCAUUGAUAUAUGCAAUUGUGUGAAUACGUAUUAUACGUACUGUCAUUAAAAAAGCACUGGUUACAUCAUUGAUGUACGUAUGACAGGAGGAAGGUCUGCAGUAAUCUUUGAUAUAUGUAGUUUGUAUGGAAGACGUGUAUGGAGCGUGGGGUUAGCCGGUAGGUAGAAGCCCCUAAAUAUGCAUGGUUCACGUACAACUCUGUUUAUUGUGAGCAUUUUGCAUUUCUUUGCAGAACUGUCCAGCUUGUACGAGUUUUAGCAAUGCAAUGUAGGUCGAAGGGAUCCUAACAAGGAAAUAAAAAGGCUGCUUUUCUUGAGUUGUAUAGAUUUCAAAA